AAUCUCGUGUAAUCACGCGAUCAACGAGUUUGAACGAGACUUGGAGUUCUCGCACCUUGCGCGGAGUUUUUCGCCCCUAAGAGUCUGUUUUGCCUACUUUGUAAUCCAAUUUGAGAUCGGGAAGUUUGUAUUCAUGGUUUUGGAGAUGAUUUGAAUUGUGUAACAACACUGAUAAAAGUUAUUUAAUCCACAUAUAGCCAUAACUCAAGGUCAAAGUACACAAAAUGGCGGCGGAGGCCCAAAUUGACUGGACAAUGGUGAUAAACACGGAUUUUCACGGCAUCCAGAGGUGAGGUGAACCCUAUUAUGGCACAGACUUAGCCUUUUGGGUUCUAGGAAAGGUGAUGGCUGGAAUCGAUGUAUUGAAACUAACAAUUUAACGUGUUUUUGUAUCUGUCAAAACUGGAUGUCAGAAUCUACAUUUGCAUGUCGGUUCCCACCUCACCAGGGUGGAUUAGAUAUGUGUUCUCUGUGCGAGAUUGGGUCAUAUUUGAUUCCAUCGAACUCGAAAUGCUAUGAUUUCAGCUUCGAUGGAACCCAAUUCUAGAAACUAUGGACCUCGUGGAAGGGAAGAAAAUGAUAACAGUCCAUUAUGGACUGCCAUCUUUGACUAUGAGGCCACAAGAGAAGAUGAGUUGACACUAAAGAGAGGGGUGCAGGUGGAAGUGUUGUCCACUGAUGCCCGGUAUUCAGGAGAUGAUGGGUGGUGGAUUGGGAAAGUUCAAGAAAAUGUUGGGAUUUUCCCAAGUAACUUUGUCACCAAAGAGGCAGACAACUGUGCCCUUGUACCUCAUAACAAACUAUCUGACAGACCCUUUGAAAUCAACUUCUCAGAAUUACAGUUAGAAGAAGUGAUAGGUGUUGGUGGUUUUGGAAAAGUUUAUCGUGGAAUAUGGAAGGAAGAAACUGUUGCUGUCAAGGCUGCCAGGCAAGAUCCAGACGAGCCUGUCAUCGACGAUGUUCGAAAGGAAGCCAAAUUGUUCUGGCUCCUAAAUCACCCUAAUAUUGCAGCAUUGAGAGGGGUGUGUCUCAAGGAACCAAACCUGUGUCUUGUAAUGGAAUAUGCAGCAGGUGGAUCACUUAACAGAGUGUUAAAUGGAAGACGGAUACCUCCAGAUAUAUUAGUUGAUUGGGCAUUUCAGAUAGCCAAAGGAAUGCAUUAUUUACACGAGGAAGCACCGCUACCAUUGAUACACAGAGAUCUCAAGUCAAGCAACAUCUUACUGAAGGAGACCAUCAAUGUGGAUGACCUGUCCAACAAGACACUCAAGAUCACCGACUUUGGUCUAGCUCGGGAGGUGGACAAGACAACAAGGAUGAGUGCGGCAGGGACGUAUGCCUGGAUGGCACCUGAAGUCAUCAAGUCAUCACGCUUCUCAAAGUUCAGUGAUGUGUGGAGCUAUGGAGUGGUGCUAUGGGAACUGCUGACUGGGGAGACCCCGUACAAGGGCAUUGAUGCACUGGGUGUGGCAUAUGGCGUGGCUGUCAACAAGCUCACCCUGCCUAUACCAAGCACCUGCCCAAAUCUCUUUGCUGACCUCAUGGCAGAUUGUUGGCAUCAGGAGCCCCACGAACGCCCCACGUUCCAGGCCAUCUUGCAGCGCCUGGAGGAGAUUGCCAAGUCUUCCUUCAUGAACACCCCUCAGGAGUCCUUCCACACCAUGCAGGAGGACUGGAGGCAGGAGAUCGAGCAGAUGUUUGAUGAACUACGCAGUAGGGAGAAGGAGUUGCGGUCGAGGGAGGAGGAGCUGACGAAGGCAGCGUUGCAGCAGAAGAUCCAGGAGGAGCUGCUAAAGAAGAGGGAGCAGGAGCUGGCAGAGCGAGAGAUCGACCUGCUGGAGCGGGAGCUGAACAUCCUCAUCCUGCAGCAGGUCAUGAACAAACCCACACCCGUCAAGAGGCAUCGGAAAACACGGUCAAAGCUCAAGUCUAGUGGAGGCAGGAUCAUCAGUGAACCGUCAGGUUUUCGACACAACAUCACUGUACAGAAGGAGGGCCUGGUACAAGAGAAACGAGGGAUGUACGGUCCAAACAGUCCAGACAGUCCUCCAGCCUCCCCAGCUCAUGUUUUUCCCGUCUCCGGCACCAGACUCAGGGCUAUAGCAUAUCCUGUGGAUGGUGUGAAGGGGAAGACGUGGGGACCAAGCUCAGUACAGAAGGACCGGCACCAGCGCUCUUCCAUUAUUUUCGCUGAUGGCCGGUGGUCCAAGAGUGCUCCCAACUUGGAGAAGAGUCUCCGGGCUCUUGGUGGUGGACAUUCCAACAUAGGGGCCUUGAGUGAACUUUAUGAUGAAGAAGAUGAGUGGCCAGAUUUUUCCAAUGAGCAACGAUACAAAAACAUUCCACAGUCUCCAAACAGUGUCCCGGAGUCGUCCAACACUCUAAAGCGUAAUGCUGUGAAAAAGAAAAGUGACAGUUUUCUGUUAAAUGCAGCUGUUAUACUAGCUGCAGUGGCAACUGGUUUUGAUAUUAGGAUCUCAAACACCUCAGCUAUUCACCCGAAUCUUCACGGUCCUACGGAGGACGAGAGAAAUGUGAAGAAGAGGGACUCCUUCAUUCUCAACAGAAGAGAUGCAUAUUUAGGGGCUGUGCGUGACUCUUUCAUCGAGCCUGAAGGCAUGUUUGGGAACCACCCUUACACGAAUGCCUCAGGUUACCGCCAUACAUAUCAUGGUGUGCAGACGCGGCAGAGACCAAGUGUUCAGAAUAAUGAAAAUUUUGAUAGGCCAAUACAUUUCACAGAGCAGGAUGGGGAUAGUCCGGACUCGCAGACUACAAGCACAAUAGGAUCAAAAUCGUCUCCGCACCGGUUGUCUUAUGCAGAAAGUGAUAGCACAGGGGUGUCUGCAACGCCGUCACAAGCUGAUCGCAGCAUUAUAUAUCAGAGGCAGAUCUCAGAUGGCAGUACAUACGAAUCAAGUCGGGCAUCUCAAACCCCGCAAAGACGGUCAGUAACUUUCGAGGACGAUUUCACCCCGGACAAGCAUGUGGCUACUUACACACACAAACGAACUCCUUCAAAUACCUCAAACACUUCCAAUACGCCACUGGACUUUGAACCACGUUCUGCAAAGUAUAAUCCUGACAAGCGACCGUCAGACAGCCAGAAAGGCCAGCCAGUUCCUCCACGUCGCAAGCCCAGUGGCGAGGCACCUCAGAGACCCACCACACUCGAAGUGGGAUCCACCUUUCGUUCUCCAACUCAGCAGCAAGGUUCUGCGCUGAAGUAUGCCUCCCCCGUCAAUACGGGAGGUAGCCGGGAUUCCCCGCGAGUGUGGGUCACCCCCUCUGAGACUGCCCCCGACAAUGGCUUCUACUCAACCCGCUCCCGCCUGUCUCCGGGGAACACGCCCCCUCACAUCCGUCAUCAGAAAACCCUCCUAGACAUUGACAUGGAGGGACAGAGUCAGGACAAGCGGGAGGCGCUUGUUAAACCCAAACCUCUCAGUACAAAACCCACUAUCAGAGACCUAGAGAAAGAAUUUGUCUGGAAAUGAUACACAGUAUAUUUUAGGCUUUAAGAAAUGUCAGUUUGCAGUAAAUUGAAGUUGUCCAUACCAACUAUUGCCAUACACUCUUUUAAGACUAUUUUAAUGCCAGUUAGUUUUAUCAUUGAUAUCCAUUGAUAUUUCUCUACACAAGACAUUGGUAACUCUUUCUCUUCAAAGUGAAAUAUAUAAGCCAAUUUCUUUAUCAUGAUUCUCUUGUCCAGUUAGGUUUCAUAUCCAACCACACUCUAGAUAAUGAAGGUAUACGUGAGGUUUUCCAGCUGUGUAAAUGUGGUUCAUGUUAUAAUGUAUUAUUCUAGGGUAUUUAGCAUAUUAAUUUGAGCAAAUAAGAGGUGCUCUCUUUUUUCGAAGAUUUACCAAGCAUGUAAAUCUCACCUUACAAGUGCUAUUUGUUUCUGAGAGGUGUACGUUGAUAUUACAAACUAUAUCAUAUUACAAUAUAUGUCUUGUCCAAGCUGAACUGGGCCUGUUCGUCACGUCCGUUUCUGUGUUGAUUUUAGAUUAGUGUCUCAAGUCUACUAUUCCUCGUGUAAUCAGAACUGUUUGUAACACUAUACCCAUUACGUUUGUCAUCUCAUAGUCCUUCUCUAAAGUGAACAAAAAAAAUUCUUUGUACGUGUUUCUACUUUCGUAUGAUGUUCCCCAUGUUGAUAAUCAUCAUCAUCAUCAUCACAGAUAUGCAUUUAUACAUGUAGGAGUGUAAUUGUCAACUAAUUUAUAUAUUCUGGUAGUUCUCUUAAGUCAAUUGUAAGCCUUUGAUUUUAACUGGAAAUUUAUUUAUGAAAUAUUUAUAUAAUGCACGUCAGGAGUACAAACUGCACACUCACAGAUAAUCCACAAUUGUCACUGUUUGAAUGUGAUACUUGAUAGUCACAGGCUUACAGUUAACUUACCAGUAGAAACAUGUGCAAUACUCCCGAACAGUGUUGUGCAUUCGAUUGGACCAAACGAUGUAUGUUUUGAGAACACAACAUGAAACUGAGAUAAGUCAUUGCCUCGUUUAAGUGAAGUACGCUGUGUCUCAGGCUCACUGGGUGUGUAUAUUCAUUGUAUAUCCACAUAGAUUAUGCAAAAAAUCAAAUGAAUCUCUUCUUUUGUAUAUACAUGUAACAUAUGCUAUUAUAGUCUCAACAUGCUGCAUUUAUGUGUAAGCUGAUUCCUAAGUUGAUAUAUGCAAACACUAUCGAGAGCCUGAAAGUACAAAAGCUGAGUGACUGGCCCAUGUUAUGUCACUGACUGUGUAGGAUGUUCUCACCGCCAUGCCCAGAAUUGACCUCUAGAGGCAUUUCGAAGUUGGAGUACUAAGCGAUGUCAUCAGUCAUUUGAACAACUUGAUAGUAUUCAGAUAAGUAGUAAGAGUGUUUUUUCCACUUGUAGGAUCUUUUAUAUAAAUUAGUCUCUCUUUUUUUUAUAGUUUUUUCUUAAGAAAAUUUAAGGGACUGUCGGGUAGCCUGGUGGUUAAAGCGUUCGCUUGUCACGCCGAAGACCCGGGUUCGAUUCCCGACAUGGGUACAAUGUGUGAAGCCCAUUUCUGGUGUCCCCCGCCGUGAUAUUGCUGGAAUAUUGCUAAAAGCGGCGUAAAACCAUACUCACUCACACAAGAAAAUUUAAACUAAAAUAGAGAUAAGAAAAAUUAAUAUUUAUUAUAUUUUUUAUGAAUAUUAUUUUAAAUAGAUUCUAAUAUUUUGUUCAUUUUGUAGUCAGUCUUGUAACAUAGGACUAUGAGGUGUGUAUACAAAUCUGGUCAUCACUGUGAGAACAGCUACACAGAUCUGUGCGAGAUGCAGCGCAGACAGAAACUGUUGAAGACUUACACAUGUCUGGCAGCUAUACUCACUCCCAUCUGGUUCAGAUGGUUUACAUAAUAUAUACCAAAAUAAAUAACUAUAUACUCUCCCGUCUUGAGCCUGGCAAGAGAGGACGAUAGUACUGUGCUGUGAUGGAAGUUGGUGGCAAAUAUGACAGUAGAUGUUGAUGACUUUUCAGUUGGUGAUAAGUAGACAAGGAGCAAGUCUAGAAGCAGGAAAAUGGUUUUGCCUGAUCUAUUUUCAGCUGUGAUCAUCAAUUUGUGCCUUGUAGCUGGUACAACGGUAGUCUGUGCUUGUCGUGCACACGGUGAUUUUAUUAGCAUUGAUCAAGUUAUUUUAUUAUUGUACAUAUCAAGACAGCAGAACUGGACAUGAGCAAGUAAAUAUUACCUGUGUAACCAAAGAAAUCCUGUCCUUCAUCCUUUCUAUCUGAAAUGAGAGAUUUUUCAGGAUUUGAUAUUAAUCACAGUUAACAAUUUGAUCUCGAAAAGGACAUAAUCAAUUCUAUAAUGUUACUCACACAGUAUAUUUUAUUUACACAAUGAAAAUAAUGCAAUGUUUGCAAAGUGAUAGAAAAUAUUUUGUCAUUGCUUCUCAAUUUUUUUUUCAAGUCAAAGGUCAAAGCAAGUACUGCUGAAUUAAGCUGGUAGCUUAAUAAUUGUAUAGAAAUAAACUCAUUUUCACAAAGUGUACAUUUAUGGAAAAUAUAAUAUUAUAUUUAAUUGUAGAGUAGCAAAACAGCAGUAGCAGCAACCAAAAAUGUAUUCACAUAUCUAGAUAUUUUAUAUGCUGACAGUUUUUUGUGUAUGUCCAAAAUUGACCAAGUAUAGUAACCCCGUAUGGUAGCAGUGGGCCUCCACUGUGCGUGUAUGUUGUCUGUCGGGUAGAUUUACAAAAUCAAACUUAAGUCUUGUAACAGCUGGCAUUAAUGCAUUAAUGAGUACCUGGUUUCUAUAGGCUGUCGUUACUGUUCCCUACCACUCUGGAUAGGUUCGUCUGUACAGUGAGAGAAAGGACAGUUCUAUAGCAUUUGUUGAGUACAUUCAUGAUGGACUCGAUCUCCCAUUGUGAAAUACACUUUGUAGAGUUUCUGUGAGUAUUUGGAGGCAUGGCACAGCCAGGACCUGAGACAGUGAUAACAGGAUGGAGACAUUUGUAGAAAGGAAGUUAGAUAGGAAGUAAAAACAGGAUCUGUUUAAGUAUUUUCCUGCAAUCAUAUGUAAGCUCUGGUAAUUUAUACAAAAUUACAAUGUAAAUGGAUUCAAAUUUUCUGCGAUUGGUCAAUGAUUCUAAAGUGUUGAAACUAUUUUGUACAGUUAUUAAUUGAUAUUAAUUUGGGACACAUUGCUUAUAGCACUUCCAAAUGUGUUUCCGUAACCAUUCUUUUCAAACAAAUUUGAACUGUUUAUUAGAUACUAUUCCCUGACAACAAGUUUUCUACAGUCUCCAUCUGAGGUGUUUGCGUACAUAUUUAAUUCAGUAAAGGUUCCAGUUUCAGGACUCGGUUAAUGUUGUAAUCAUGUGAUUGGAUUUGUUGAAUGUGGUAUAGUGUGAAUAUUUGCGACAUAUCUUUUGUUAUUUUACUGUUGUUAACAUAUCACAUCAAUACAGCUAGAAGUGUGUUCUUAACAGAUUUUAACUUGAGAAUGUACAUGCACUUUUGAAGAUUUUAACUCAUGUGAUAGUAAGGCCUUCAUGAAGUAGUUGCAUAAGUAAUAUAUGGAAACACUUAUCUUUACAAUUUGAUUACCUUACAAAACAACAUAGAAUCUUUACAAAUGGUAUUUGUACAAACUUAAGAUAUUAAGGAAGAAAAACAUAUUACAUUUUGUACACAAAAAAAUAAGGUACCAUCAGCUCAAGAUAUGACAUGGUUUGAUUUAAGUGAAAUACUGGUUAUGCUGGAACAAAGUCAGGUCGUAUUCCCGGUACCGUAUUCCCCGGCAGUGGCACUAGAUAGUUGUGUACUGAUCAUGUGAACAAGAAAUUACAUUAUGACAUUAUAUUGCUCCCCUGGUGAUUGUUAUGUUUGAGUUGACAGUAUGUUUUUUUGUCUCUGCUUGCUAUAGACUUGAGUGAUGGAAAAGUUUCGCUUCUACCAUGAAGUUGUCCCAGCUGAGAGUACUUCAGUAGAACGUCAGUGCUGUUUAGUCAUGGGGUAUUCUCUUGUCUUGGCAAGUAGAGGUGUUGGGUACAGUGCUCUCUUCACAGCUUUGUUUCUUCAGAUCAUAUGCCAUCUUUGGGAGAUCCCUUCAGUCACCAGGGUUCUUAUCUCUAACCCACUAGCUCGAGUCAGUUUGACUCCUGUUAUUGCUAAGGGCAAGGAGAAUUUCAGGCUUCUCAGAGAUGUCAUUUUUUACGUCUUUUUUGGUGAGUAAAAUUACAGGUUAAGUUCCAUCAGUGCCUCACCAAUGUCGGAGAUGGUGUUGGUACAACCAAAUCUGAGUCAUUUUAUUUUGGCUUUAAAAACCACAACAGAAACUAGGAUGACAUAUUUCAUUGGGAACAAUUUGUUUUCCAGAGACACUUAAGAAACUUAUUCAUUACUGUAUGUUAAAUUUAUUGAUUUGCUAGGCAAAGAUUGAGGUUGUGGAAAAUAAUAUUUGAACGGGUAAAGUUCAGCUGUAAGAAGGGGAUCUCCAGCCAAGUCAUAUUCAUGAUCAUUUUGGUGCCUGUUGUAUGGCAAGUUGUCCUGAAGUGUUUUUGUGUGGAGAGCUACUGUACCCAAUGCAGCGAGAAACACUCUCUUGUUACACGGUCACAGCCACUGGGUUCGCACUCGGGAGAAGUGUGUCCUGGAUGUGUUAGCAUGCAAUGUCUGUGACAAAGAGAUGUACAUUUUCUAUUAUGCUCAAGUAUAGCUCUUUUUGUACUUAACACACUGGUUGGUUGAAACUGACGACGUCAAACUCCACAGUUUGAUAAUACUUCCCCUUUUGAAUACAAGCCCACCGAAGGGAGAUGAACUGCGCUGGUCGCAUGGUCUCGCUUGAUUUUGGUGGAAUAACUUCCAUUGUAUUUUAAUCCUUUAUCAGGCUUCAAUUGUUUGAAUUACACGAUCAGCCAAAAGCAUUUUUACAUUUCCAGAUGCAAAAUUGUGAGUUAAUGUCUUGUCAGUCCUAUGUUGUGUUAUGUUUCUUUCUCAAAGUUGUGUUAGUGUUGUGUUUUUAAGAACGGAGUAAAAGCAUACUUUAUCUUGCCAAAAUGUUAAGUAUGUCUUCCUUUCAACUACUGCAAAGAAAAUCAUUUCAGCCAACCAAAGAAUGUAAAUGGCAGAUGUACUAACAUUAUCAUUGUUUUUAGGUGUAUUUUAAUUAUUGCUGUAACACUUUCAGUUGUUUUUUUUCUAUUUGGUUUGUACUGUAAGACUGUAAUCAGUAAGUUGGUUCUUGUAGAGAAACUUUCCUGUAUUUCGUCUGUGAAUCAUUUCCGUUGGCUGACUUCCACAGGUACAGUAUUUUGUCAGUAUAGUGGGUAAUAGUCUCAUGAUGUGAGACUUGACAAUACUCCUGAAGAUGUGUCCAGGUUUAAGAAUUAUCAUGGAGACUGUCGGUAACCAUGGGAACCUCUGCUGUGCCAUAGAGGCAAAUGCGAAGUCAUUAAUUAUUCAUCAUUCUCACUGAAAUCACUGGAUGUAACAAUGGGAUUUGUAAAAUAUUACCAAACUUGACAUCAACGUAAUGAGUAAAAUAAGUUGACCAUACACAGACAUUAUUAGUAUUAUUGAAGCAUAUGAAUCGUGCACAUAAAAAAAGUAAAUCAUUUGGUGUCCUGUAUUCUACAAAAUUAACAAAGAAUUGACUAUUUUUUGGCAAAUUCAAAUUGGUUCCCCGGAUUAUUUCCAUUCCCUUUUUUUUUUUUACAUGCUUCCCCCUUCUCCAAGAAGCUAUACCUGCACUUGCUGACCCUUCACUCUCCCGACCCAAAGUUGUAGUUUUUGUUCAUGUGCUAACUUGAGAUUUCACUGCAGUGUGAAUUAUUUCAUUCUAAAACAAUAGGUUUCUUGAAACUUUACUAUGAGAGUCUAUUCCUAGGCAAUUGUCGGCCACAGUUUCAUCAGGCAAUAUUUCCCUCUAUGGUGUAGUGGUGAAACCAUGGAUACGGACGAAUCAAUGAACAGCAUAUGCCUUAACUGACCUCCAUCAGUAUGUCAGUAGCAAGUGCCUUGAAACCAUCCUAGCAUUUUUUCAUAUCAUCAACGGCAUAGUUUUAUAUUCAACUGUAAAAAGCUUUUUCAUAUACACUAUAAUAUACCUCAGAGUAAGUGUGAGUAUUAUCCCAUUUGUGCAUCAUGCUAGAUCCCCCAAUGCUAUCCUGUAGGAGAGAUUAGACUGUCGCUGUAUCCAAGCCCUCGUUGCUGCCGCCGCCGUCGCUGUCGCCGCACACCUUCAUCAUGAUUAGCUCCUGCUGUGUAUUGCGACACAUUUAACUUAUCUCCUCAUGAAAUUGUUGACAGUACUUUGCUGUAAGAAUGGUCCUGGCUGAAACUGGCUACCUGAUCAAACUACAGCCGACUCCAAGUGUACGAUUGUAUUAAGAACUAUAUUUACCACAAUAUAUUUUAUGUAUGUGGAGCAUGGGAAUUUGUACAGAAAAAAAUUGAAAUAAAUAACUAUUUGAGCAAUG